CACACACACAGAGAGAGAGAGAGAGCUUUGUCAGGAGGAAGCUGACCAGAGGCAGUUAACCCACAUCAGUUUCCUUAUUAUCACUCUAUGACAAGAGGUCAAGAGAAGAAAACAAACUUGUGAGGAUUUGAAGAAGGAGAAACUAAAGAAUUAGAUGUCUAAAGUCUACUGUCUUCCAGAUAGCUCUUAGAUCUCUUAUUCUUUCACGGACCACGGUGAACAUGAACUCCUCCAGCAACUCCAGCUUGGACUCCACCUCCCGGGAUUCGGGCCGCCUGAUUGCGAGCACCGUCCUGGGGCUGUGCUGUGCGCUGGGCCUCCCUGGUAACAUAGCUGUCCUGGUGGUCAUCCUGCGCCGCACGUCCCGACGCCCAAACUUCACCCUGUGCCUCAUGCUGAACCUGGCUUCCUCCGACAUCCUGUGCCUUGCCACGGUGCCCGUGUGGAUCUAUACUCUCCAGCAAGGCUGGACUCUGGGCCGUGUUGCAUGCAAGUUAGCCACCUUCCUGCUCUACCUCAGCCUGUAUGCUAACGUGCUAACGGUUACUCUACUCGGUGUCCAGCGCUACCUCCAGGUCCUCUACCCGCAGAUGUGGAACAGGCUGGGGCACAAGGGGGAGGUAGUGCUGCUCCUGGCCCUGUGGGGGCUCGCCUCUGCCCUGACUGCCCCCGCAGUUGCCACUCGCGAUGUGCGCGAUGGCGAGCUCAAGUGCCAGCGACACACGGGCUCCGCUGCUGAAAGAGUUGCUGUCCUCGUCUUGGAGAUCCUUUUAGGGUUUGUGAUUCCGUUCUCUGUGCUGGUCACGUCCUACUGCCGCCUCCACCGGCGGGUGAACCAGACGGCGCUGUUCAGCAGUGCAAAGAUGACGCGGCUGGUGACCAGUGUGGUGGUCGCCUUCUUCAUCCUCUGGAUCCCUGUGCACAUUGUCAAUGUGGUGGACAUCGCCGGCAUUGUGCUGCAGACUUCCUGGCCAGAGGCAUCGGCAGCGCUGCUGAGACACAGAAGCACGGCAGCGCGUGUCGUCCGGAGCUUUACGUUUUUUAACAGCUGCCUGGACCCCUUCCUGUACGCCUUCGCCUCGCGGAGGAUUCGUGAGCAGCCCAAGUUGUCGUCGAGGAGCGAAAGCAGGAUGCAGGUCACAAAUAUCUGAUGUAUGAAGCUGUGCUUUGCUGGUGUGACUAAAGGCAUAUGACUGGCAUGCCAACCCCUAAUUCUAACCCUCAGCCUAACAUUAACAAGUCAGGGUACUCUCAAAAAUAAAUUGCUUUUUUAAGGGGUUCUUGACUUUGAUUUUAGAGCAGCCAAAUAAGAGUCCCAUUGCCCCUGCAAUUUUGCCCUCAACAAAACCUACAUUUUGGUUUGCUGACUGUAUAGGCUGUACUUUCUAGGUAUCCAUAGGUUAGCCUAGAUUUGUUAUUUCGGAGAUCUAACGCCCUUCAAGCUUGACCUCCAUUGGUCAAAGCCUAAAUUGUAUUGCUUCUGUCAGCUUUCCCAUGAAUAAAUACAUAUAUAUGGUUACCAUGAGUAAGUUUCUCUUAUAGUGCAUGUACUUCUGCUUUGGUUCAGAGGAGCUUCAACUUACCAUAGUGUUUUGGAAUAUUUCGUCAUACUUGUGAAGUUUCCUCAAUGUAUGUCAAAAUCAGGUAUUUGAGCAGUGAGCACAAUGGAAAAACACACUAGAUCCAUGCAACAACAUUUCUGCCUAAAUAGAUCAAUAAAAGCAUGCAAUACCCCACUCUGAUGCCCAAUAUGGGUUUAACCAUUUUAGUUUCAGUCUGACCCGCAACGAGAAGUGAGCCUACUUGCCAAACACUGCCCCCAAAAAUAAUUCUGAACCAAAUGAAGGUAGAACUUGCCAUAUGUCAGAUGUAUCAACACAUUGGUAAACAGACAAACAACUUUAUCUGCACCCAAAGGAACAUGCCUUUAGGUUCAAAAUGAGAAAUAAAGCUUGAGAUUGACAUACUGUAGUUUAAAACAUUUUAUGAAACUAUAAACAGUUUUUGGGGGGUUAUGAUGAGGUGGUAAAAAUCAUGAGCUGACGCACCCCCAGCAUUUAUUGUAGAGGUGCUGACUAACUGUAUAAAAAGAAAGAGAGAAAGUAGAACACUCUACAUAGAUAUGAGUCACACACCCUGCAUAUGCUCCCAACAAUUUAAUGGAUAUAUAUAGUGUAACUUUCUCUUUAUGCAGUUCUGGUGAACUUGCAUAUUUUCAGAUGUAAGUGGUAUAUUUAUAAGUACAAAACUCAAAAUUCCUAACACAUGUAAUGCCCUCUAUCUCAUGUUCAGAACUUUUGAUUGUGAAUUCAUUGGUGUUUCACAGAACUUUCACAGUUGAGUCAUUCAAGCAAAAUCAAAUCUAACUUGCUUUUCUUUUUGAAGUGGUGAAUAGAAAGAAUAGCAGAUGGUAAAUAUCAUUUUCAAAUUAUAGUUGAGGGUAAAUCUCAUUUUCAAAUUAUAGUGUGCAGAGGGUCCCUGGUUCGAGCCCAUGUUGGGGCGAGGAGAGGGACGGAAGCUAUACUGUUACACAUGUUCAGAGAUACAGUGCCUUCGGAAAGUAUUCACACCCGUUGACUUUUUACACUGUUUUUAUCCAGCCUGAAUUUAAAAUAGAUUAAAUUAAGAUUUUGUGUCACUGGCCUACACACAAACUCCUGUGAUAUGUCAAAGUCAAAUAAUGUUAGAAGAAAUUUUUACAAAUUAAUAAAACGUGAAAGCUGAAUUGUCUUGAUUCAAUAAGUAUUCAACCCUUUUGUUAAGGCAAUCCUAAAUAAGUUCAGGAUAAAUCAUGUAGUUAUUGAAGUUAUUAAUUACACAUUGGAUGGUGCAUCAAUACACCGAGUCGUUACAAAGAUACAAGCGUCCUUCCAAACUCAGUUGCCGGAGAGGAAGGAAUUUCACCAUGAGGCCAAUGGUGACUUUAAAACAGUUACAGAGUUUAAUGGCUGUGAUAGGAGAAAUCAGGAGGAUGGAUCAACAAUAGUGUAGUUACUCCACAAUACUAAUCUAAUUGACAGAGUGAAAAGAAGGAAGCCUGUACAGAAUACAAAUAUUUCAUAACAUGCAUCCUGUUUGCCACAAGGCACAAAAAUAAUACCGCAAGAAAUGUGGCAAUUAAUUCUUUGUCCUGAAUACGAAGCAAACCUAAUACAACACAUUACUGAGUACCACUCUCCACAUUUUCAAACAUAGUGGUAACUGCUUCAUGUUAUGGGUAUGCUUGUAAUCGUUAUGAACUACGGAGUUUUUCAGGAUAAAAAAAAGGGAAUGGAGCCAAGCACAGGCAAAAUCCUAUAGGAAAACCUGGUUCAGUCUGCUUUCCACCAGACAUUGGGUAACAAAUUCACCUUUCAGCAGGACUAUAACCUAAAAUGAGGCAAAUCUACACUGGACUUGCUUACCAAGUACGCAGUAAAUGUUCCGGAGUGGCCGAGUUACAGUUUUGACUUAAAAAAUCUAUGGCAAAACCUAAACAUUUUUAUCUAUCAAUGAUCUGCAACCAAUUUGACAGAGCUUGAAUAAUUUUCAAAAGAGUAAUGGGGAAAUGGUGCACAAUCCAAGUGUGGAAAGCUCUUAGAGACUUACCCAGAAAGGCUCACAGCUGUAAUCACUGCCGAAGGUGGUUCUACAAAGUAUUGACUCAGGGGUGUGAGCUGUUUCUAUUUUUCGUUUUCAAUACAUUUGCAAAAGUUUUUCAAAACAUGUUUUCACUUGGUCAUUAUGGAGUAUUGUGUGUAGAUGGGUGAGGAAACAAUGUUUUUAAUGCAUUUUGAAUUCAGGCUGUAACAUGUGGCAAUGUGGCAUUAUUCAAGGGGUAUGAAUACUUUCUGAAGGCACUGUAUGCCAGUCUUAUAGUUGCAUUAUCCUUAUACAGUACAUACUGUACGUAGGACAAAUCAUCACAAACAGGGGUAUUGUAAAGCAGUUGGCUACUGGAAAUCUGUAGCACGUUGUUGUGUACCAUUUAUUAUAUGUUGGUGAUCAAAUGAUUGUAUCUUUUUAAUAAGGUACAAAACAGGUUCCCAUGGACAGAAAAGAAGAAGACCGAAGAAGACAAACAGUUCCCAUUCCACCCCCGAAUCACAGGACUUCCCCAACCCAAAGUUAGUUUGGUGGUUCACAAUAGUGGCGCAGUAGAGUCAUGUUGUACGCCUUUUUUGCCCCAUGCAACAUUGUGCAAAAUUGUUGUGGUAUAUGGCCAAUAUACCACGGCUCAGGGCUGUUCGUAAGCACAACACAACUCGGAGUGCCUGGAUACAGCCCUUAGCCGUGGUAUAUUGGCCCUAUACCACAACCCCCGAGGUUACUAUUAUAAUGUCACACCCUGACCAUAGUUUACUUUGUAUGUUUCUAUGUUUUGGUUGGUCAGGGUGUGAUCUGAGUGGGCAUUCUAUGUUGGAUGUCUUGUUUGUCUAUUUCUAUGUCUGGCCUGAUAUGGUUCUCAAUCAGAGGCAGGUGUUAGUCAUUGUCUCUGAUUGGGAACCAUAUUUAGGUAGCCUGGGUUUCACUGUGUGUUUGUGGGUGAUUGUUCCGGUCUCUGUGUUUUGCACCAGAUAGGGCUGCUUUCGGUUUUCGUACGUUUGUUAUUUUGUUAGUUUAUCGUGUAUAGUUUCUUUAUUAAAAUAAAAUGAAUAACAACCACGCUGCAUUUUGGUCCGCUCCUCCUUACCACAACGAAAGUCGUGACAGAAUGUUGGAGGAAAUUAUAGUUGAAAUGAUUAAUUAUGUAUACAUUUCUUUUAGAACCAUUAAGUUUUAAUACUAUUAUGUUAUGGUAUGAAAUGUGUGGGUUCUUGGUUAAACUAGGACCAAAAAUGUAGGUAAAACAAAUUAGUUGUCUGUACCUUGCGGGAAAGGGAGAAGGAGGGCAGAUAUCCUUUCAGACAGAUAAGAAUGUUUGUUUUAUGUUCCAUUAGUGGAGAAUAAAUGAUAUCGUUUAGACAGAUUGGAAUGUUUGUUUUAUGAGGGGAGUAGAAGAUGGUCUCCAGACCUGAAAACACUGCGCUAUUGUGUGGAUCGGAGAGAGUGUGAGAAACUGAUGAAGUCAUUUUAUGUUCUCUCCUUAAAAUGUAAUGUUCUUUGUAUUUUGGGUCAGUACUCAUCAAGAAUAAAUGCUGAACCUGUU